AUGAACAUCACGUCUCAAACAUCCGUGCGCACCUUCAACUUAGGAGCAAGGGUAUCUGACAUUACUAUCAGCCCAGACAGAACGAUUGCGGCCAUUGCGACUCAGGGUAGCUACAUGGUCCAGGUGAACAUCUCUGACUCGGACCCAGUGGCCUGGACAACGCAGGUAAUCAGCGACAUUACGAACAUUACAUUCGACGGUGGCAAGGUUGAAAUUCGGGCAGACAACAUCGCAGUAAUGACCCUGCGGAGCAAUUCGGUGAUCAUACUGAACCUGACGGAUGCCACGAUCCUAGACAGGUUCUCUGCCGGCGAAGUUAACCUCACUGGCAUCGACACGAUUCCGGACGGCUGCAUCAACUUGAACUCCAGCCUCACGGAUCUUCAGCGGGAGCCAUACGGGGUCGCUUGGCUUGGUGAUUCCACCUUCUUUGCUACGGCGGACAGACGCAGCCGAAGCUUCAGUAUCUUCAACCAGAGUGGAGAGCUUAUCUUCAACUCGGGGAAUCAGCUGGAGCACUUGGCCGUUUCUCUUGGCCACUAUCCUGAGUCAGCCAACGAUGAAACCAGCAUUGACGUGCGGAAUGUGCAGUUCGGCACCGUCGAUGGUUGCCAGAUGCUCUUCGUCUCGUGUAUCAGAGCAAGCCUCACCUUUGUCUUCGAGGUCUCGGACCCUUCUAAGCCCGAAUUCUUGCAGGCGCUGCCAGCCAUCAGAAGGCCUGUGCAAGGGCUGGUCGUGCCCGACCGCCAUCUCUAUGUAUCAAUGUCGGAAGGGUCUGUUUUCGGCGACCAAAAAGCAGGCUUGGACUUGUAUCAAUGUUCACGCUGGCCUAGGCAGUUUCCUUUCCUGGAGUCCAGGGACGCAGGAGAUGGCACGCCCAUUCCAUGGACGUCGGUGGCCGGCCUAACGGGUGAGGAAGACGGCACGCUGUAUGGCAUCGAGGGUGACGAACUGGAGGUGCAAACUCAAAUUCUGGUCAUUGACAGUCAGCAGCAGCCUCCACUUGUCACAGAAACCAUCGCCGUGACAUACCCGAAUGGCAGCUUGGUGGAGGGGUUGCAGUCUCAGGGGAUCGAGCGCAUCCCUUCAGGCUUCGCGAUUGUCGAGAAGUCAGGGCGUCUCCAUCUUCUCAGCACCUCUGGCGUACUUCAGGCCUCCUUAGAGGUCCAAGUCAUCGGCAGCCUCAGUGGCGUGGCCUACGAUCCGAGUCUCGGCCUAAUCCUUACGGACACCAGCGGCUUUGUGCAGCUGUGCGAUCUGCAGCCCGCCUGUGGCUUGAGCAACUUCAGCUACACGGUGGAUGCCAGGGAGUCGCAGGACCCGGACGCUUUGGUGGAGCUUCGGGACGUGGCAUCGAUAGGGAAUGGCACCUUCCUGUUCCUGGAGACAGAUGGCGAAGGCAGUUUUGAUGCUGCAGUCGGCAGGAUUUACAAGGCUGAGCUUGAGCAACCUGGGGGAAGCUUAUCGAAGUCUUUGGUGGCAGACUUCUUGCUGGACCUGAUCGACCUACGAGGGCAGGUGCUGCAGGAUUUCAACAGCCUGGCUGUGACUGGCCUUGUCGGAGAGGGUGAGGGGCGCAGAAUGUGGAUCGUGAACGACAACGGAGGUUACUGGGAUAGGAGCUACGAAACCCAGCUGAUAUCUCUGCGCACGCCCCUGGACUAG